AUGUGUGAAGAGGUAAUGAGUGGUUUUUUCUACAAAGACUGCAAUUUGUAUGUCGGUGAAUACAUUCAACUGAAUGAAGUAAAAAAAGAAGAUGAUUUAGAAAAAAGUAAAGAUGAAAUUAAUAAAAAGAAAAUUGAUUUACGAAAAGAAAUUUCAAAAAAUAUAUAUGAUGAAAAAAAUUUAAAUAAAUCAAAUAAGAAAAGUGAAGAAAAUGAUAAAGAAAAAAAUGAUAACAAUGAUAAUAUAAAUGAUAAUAAUAUAAUUUUUCAUGGAAAUGGAAAAUAUAUUAAGAAAAAUGAAAUUUUUGUUGGAUUUUUUGAAAAUAAUAUGUACAGAAAAGGUAUAUGGGUAAAGUAUAAAAAUAUUCAUAAUUUAUUUUUUUAUAUGAAUAUACAUGAAAUGAUUUUAAAAGAAGGAAAGAGUGAAAAUAUAGAAAAUUUCAAAAAUUUAUUAUAUUUGCCUUUAAAAGAAAUAAAUAUAUAUAUAGGAGAAUUUGAUAAUAAUAUGUUUAAUGGUUUUUCUUUAUAUUAUUUCUAUCCUUUUUUAUAUGUUGGUUAUUUCGUGAAUAAUUUAAUGAAUGGAUAUGGUUAUAUAUUUUUUAUUGAAUCUGUAAACAAAACUAAUUACUCUAAAAAAAAUUGUCUUUUUUCUUAUAACGUUUUAUUUGAUUAUUUAUUUGAAAGAGACAUAAUAAAUGAAAAGGAAAAUGAAAAGGAAAAGGAAAAUAAAAAGGAAAAGGAAAAGGAAAAGGAAAAAGAAAACGAGAACGAAAACGAAAACGAAAAAAAUAGGAAUAAAGAAAAAGUAAAAGAAUCAGGUAUAGAAAAAAUAAAUGGUGUAAAUGAGAAAAAAAGUGAAAAAAUAAAUUUACAAAAAGAUAAAAUUAGUUGUGAUAUUAACGAUUCUACAGGAGAUGAUAAUUUAAAAAGAAAAUUAUUAUUCCAAAAUGUCUACGAAAAAUUGGAAAUAAUGAUGAAGGAAACACAUUAUAAAGAAAAUAACAAUAGAGAUAACUUAAUAGACAAAAUUGAAAAGGACAUUUAUAAAAAUAUGAAAUUACAUAUUAAAAAAAAAAACAGAAUAAAUAAAAUAAAGAAAAUUUUAAAUGAAAAUGAAAAAGAAAAUUUCUUUGAUAUUUUUAAUUAUAUUACUUAUGAUAAUUUAGUUUUUAAAGGUUUUUUUUAUAAUAAUAAAUUUUCUAAUAAUGCUAAUGAACAAAUAUUAUACAAAAAUAUGUUCAUUCAAUUGUAUAAAAGUAAUAUUAUUAAUAAAAUAGAUAAAAUUAAAAAUAAUAUAUUGAUUGAUUCAAAAUCUGAAGAUUUACACAUUAGUGAACAUCAUAAUUUUUAUGCAUUAGAAAAAAAAAAAAAAAUUCUCCUUAAAAAAAAAAAAACUGACAUAAAGACUCAAGUAAAAUAUGAUAUCAAGAAUAAUGUAAAAGAAGAUAUAAAGGAUUUAAAAGAAAAUUUAAAAUUUGAAAACUUCAAGAAUAUUAUUGAUUGGACAUUAUUAAAAAAUAUUUUUGAAUUGACGUUGAAUAAUAAUAUUGAAUAUAUUAUAGAUAUAGUUACUGAUGAAAAAAUUUUUAAAUAUAAAAAUAAAUUUAAAGAUUUAAAUAUUGAAGAAAAAUAUUUAAAUGAAGCUACAUUAAAUUUAAAUGGAUAUUAUCAGUUAGUUGUUCUAAAUUUUAAGUGUAAAAGUGAAAUACCUUUCAAUUUAAAUACAAAUAAAUCCAAUUUUCAAAACAUAUAUAAAAUAAAAAUAUUUUUAAUCUCUUCAGAUAAAUCAUCCAUAAUAAACUAUAACACAUUUAAUUUAUAUUACAUCUUUGUUUAUGUGAGAAGUUUAGAUAAAAAAAGUAAAAAUAAAAUAAAAAAAAAAAAAAAUUAA